GCGCUACUAAGCUGGAACGGGGGAUGCUAGGUCUUUUAAAUGCUCGAGAAUAUGCGUUUUGUGGCGCAGCCUUGUUAGAUCUGAUGAAAUCUGGGUAAAUAAGCACAUAGUCAUGCGUCACUCCUUUUGAAACGCGUUUCACGGUUCUCAUGGCAGCCCUCCGCUUUUGGUGUUUAAACAUUGAAGCGUGGGGAGCUGCGUCAACCGAGCUCCUCCACAGAGCGGCUCUUCUGUAUCCCCCCCUACACUCGAAUGUGGAUGGAACAAUCCUCAUUGCAGGGUGUGGAUCCAGUGCCGGCCAGAGAGGCUCGACAACAAGGAGUAAUAACGGGCGAGCUGAGAGUACGACUUGAGACUGGCUGGAAAAGAACGACUUGUCGGAGGAAAAUACAAUUUCGCGGAGAAGCCUCGCAACGCGAAGGAGCGUCACGGUUGAGGGUCGAUAUCCAAAAGCGGGAGUUUCGACGGCGAACGAGUCCGUUGAAAGCGUACGCGGAAGCCCGGCUUAAACUGCACGGAAUUGCGAGCGCGGUGACAGCUCAGGAUGGAAGUAACGUCCGUUUGUUCGCCGGCCGACGUUCUUCACGCGAACACUCGCUGACGCUUUGAGUUCCGUUUCUAUGGUCGACGGAAAGUUGAAAAUUGUCAGUCGCGAACUAAGCGGUCCCUGUUGUUCUUUGAGGCGGCUUGACAGCUCACCGUCGGACAACAGCUCGACCAUUAUAAUCCUAACUUUUGACUGAAUAUACACGGCUUGACCGGAGAACGGGACGCUUGGAUUGUUUGGACUCAUUUCUGGAUACCCCUUUUUUCCGCUUUUCUUUUUAAAUGCCAAGCACAUUCCCGUAACCGAAACGUCUCUUUACAGAACUGAAGAGGCUGCGCGAUUUGGAGCGCGGUCUAUUCGUUUGACGUUCGCGCUCUAUAAUUGAGACUAAAUUCUAUUUUCACCCUCAUUGUGUUGUGACAAAAAAAAAGUGUCAUAGUGAAAUCGGCAAGUUUUUAUUCCCCUCUCCAGUAGUUGUGCAUUUUUUUGUGUGCCUGUAACUUGCACUUCAGCACUUUGACUCGUCGUAGUUGUUUGUGCAUGCACGUGUUUGUUUUGAUCCUGCAGCCCACGAAAACAUUUAUCACAAGCUAUAGAUUGUUGUCACCCGUGUCUUGAGCUCCUGGCUCCCUCCUCCCCCUUUUUUUGACUUGCCAGCGAAUAAGGUCGCCUGUACACCUGCAGACUUUGCCAGUUGUAUAAAGGGGGGAGGGUAACUCGUUUUUUUUCCCACAAGGAAGUCACAAAUACCUUUUUUUUGUGUGUUAGUUUUGGAUUUUUUUUGUUUUUAUCUGGAGCUGCAUUUUUUCGCUUAUCAGGAUUCAGAUUAUAACUGAGGAAAGUGGCAGCGCAGCCAUUGUUACAGAGAGCACCUGCCGCCUUUGACUAAUUUAAGCUACUGUAGGAUACCUAGACAGAAUAUAAGAAACGCCUGUUAUUUUUAGCGGGAGUGAUGGGGUAAAUGGUGUUGAAAAUUGAGACCCCAACCCCCACCCUUAAGGCUACCAACACUUCCAGGUUUAGCUCUGGUUUCCUUGUCAGCUGCUGAAUUAUCUGGCUUGGAAAAUUUAAGUGGGGGGUCCUGUCUCAACAAGGAUCUCGAUCUUAUCCCACUGUUGUGAACAGUUUCUCCAAAAGUUCUUGCUAUUUUGUUCAAUGGAAUCCACUCAUUAUUGUGGGACAAUGAAUCUAGAUAGAGUACAAGUAAAACAAACUUUAGUAACCAAAUAAGCUCAUCCCCGUAUAAACAGAAAUAUAUCUAUAUGUGUGUGUGUUGCAGAGUAUAUAUAUAUAUAUAUAUAUAGCUCUAUAAAGUAUAUAAGACAUACAUAGUUUGAAUAUGUAUAUUUUUAUGCCAAAAGUGAGCAUUGUUGCCUGAAACCCAAUCCAUUGCCUUAGAAUAUUAUAGUAAUAAAGGGAAUAGCAAGGACAGAACUGAAACGGUGUUUGAAAUAACUUAAAGGUGCCUUUUUCGUUCAUCAGUUUCUUCUGUCUGUCACUUCAGGAUUUCGCAAGUAAUUGAAAGAUAUUUUUGUGCUUAAAUUUAAAUCCUAAUCUUUAUAACUUGCCUUCACGGUUCAAACUUGAGUUUAGUUACCAUUGGAUGUACCCUACUGGAUUAUUUACUGAAGUUAUAGGCAUGUGCGAAGGAUUAUUCUAUACUUGAUGUCAGCGACUUUUUCAGUACUUUUUGGGAUUCCCAACAAACUUGAUUAGAGUCAUUCUUUGGAUAUCACGGGCCAACGCAUAAGCAUUUCAGAUGGUGAUCACUUCGUCUGUGGAGGAGAAGCCGCAGCCUUCUAACAGAAUGGUCGCAAAUUUGCCGACCGAAUCCUGGAUUGGCAGCCCAGAUCAGAAUCGCUUCUUACCCCAGUCACACCUGCUACGGAAGCCUGCAAGAAGUGGAAGCAGCUCAGGAUGCAAGCCCCCCUCCUCUACCCUCUGCCAGCCUGCCGCCUUGGGCUUCUCCCCCGCUGAGCCAACCAUGUCGAGCCAGCACAGCCACCCCUCCUUCGGUAACAUCCACUCCAUGGCCGACCAGCAGCAGGUGCUGUCAGAUAUGACCAUCCUGCAGAGGAGGAUUCCCCCGAGUUUUCGAGAUCCCGCCAGCGCCCCGCUACGAAAACUCUCAGUCGAUCUCAUCAAGACAUACAAGCACAUCAAUGAGGUGUAUUACACGAAGAAGAAACGGCGAGCCCAGCAGGUUCCCCCCGAAGACUCUAGCACCAAAAAAGAGCGUAAGGUGUACAACGACGGCUACGACGAUGACAACUAUGACUACAUUGUGAAGAACGGGGAGAAGUGGCUGGACCGCUACGAGAUCGACUCACUUAUUGGCAAGGGCUCCUUCGGACAGGUGGUGAAAGCCUAUGACCACCACGAGCAGGAGUGGGUGGCCAUCAAGAUCAUCAAGAACAAGAAAGCCUUCCUGAACCAGGCCCAGAUUGAGCUGCGGCUUCUUGAGCUCAUGAACAAACACGACACUGAGAUGAAGUACUACAUAGUCCACUUAAAGAGGCACUUCAUGUUCCGUAACCACCUGUGCCUGGUGUUUGAGCUUCUCUCCUACAACCUGUACGACCUCCUGCGUAACACCAACUUCCGCGGCGUCUCGCUCAACUUGACGCGCAAGUUCGCUCAGCAGCUGUGCACGGCGCUGCUCUUCCUGGCCACGCCCGAGCUCAGCAUCAUCCACUGCGACCUCAAGCCUGAGAACAUCCUCCUUUGCAAUCCCAAGCGCAGUGCCAUCAAGAUUGUGGACUUUGGCAGUUCCUGCCAGCUAGGACAGAGGAUUUACCAGUACAUCCAGAGCCGGUUUUACCGUUCUCCUGAGGUAUUGCUGGGCAUGCCGUAUGACCUGGCUAUAGACAUGUGGUCCCUGGGCUGUAUUCUGGUGGAGAUGCACACGGGCGAACCGCUCUUCAGCGGCUCCAAUGAGGUGGACCAGAUGAAUAAAAUAGUGGAGGUGCUGGGGGUCCCACCCAACCAUAUGCUGGAUCAGGCCCCUAAAGCACGCAAGUACUUUGACAAGCUGUCCGACGGCCUGUGGACCGUCAAGAAGAACAAGGACAUUAAGAAGGUACUUUAUCCUUCGGCCUCCGAAUAUAAACCACCUGCCACGCGACGACUGCACGAGAUCCUGGGGGUGGAGACAGGAGGUCCAGGGGGGAGGCGAGCUGGAGAACAGGGUCACGCGCCCUGUGACUACCUAAAGUUCAAGGACCUGAUCCUGCGCAUGCUGGACUAUGAUCCCAAGACGCGCAUCACGCCCUUUUAUGCGCUGCAGCACAACUUCUUCAAGAAGACGACGGAUGAGGGCACAAACACCAGCAGCUCCACCUCCACCAGCCCUGCCAUGGACCACAGCCACUCCACCUCCACCACUAGCUCUGUCUCCAGCUCUGGUGGGUCUAGCGGUUCUUCCAAUGAUAACCGAAAUUACCGGUACAGCAACCGGUACUACAACAGUGCAGUCACUCACACGGACUACGAGAUGCAGAGCCCACAAGCUCCGUCUCAACAGCAGUUGCGCAUCUGGCCAGGAGGGGACAGCAGCAUGGGUCAGCUGUCCAACAGCGGCAGCGACUCCUCCUACCCGCAGCUGCUGUGGCACAAGCCGGCGGCCACGCAGCACUCGCGCCACUUCCUGGGCAACAUGGGGGGCAUGAUGGAGCCGCACCAUCCCCACCCCAUCUACGGCAGCCACCACAGCAAUGGCAGACAGCUCCGGCAACAGCAGCAGCAGCAGAACCAGCCGCAGGGCCAGGCCUCACAGGGCCAGCAGGGCCAGACGCUGAUGCCCGUCUCCUCCCCGCAGAUGCAGGACAGCAUCGAGCUCAGCCUCACCCACCACCACCACCUGGGUCAGUCUUCCAUCAUGCAGCCGCCCCCGUCGAGCUUGGACUCCAGUCAGUACGGCUCCUCCAACCUCCACCUGGGCCUCUCUGCCUUUCGGACUAGGACAGUCAUGGCCCCCCAGCAGCCCCCUUCCGCUUCCCAGCAACAGUUGCCCCAGGCCCCAGCCUCCCAGGACAGCAUGGUCGCUGCCUCCGGUUUGGGAUACAUCCCUCCGUGCUACGCCGGCAGCAACAACAAUAACAACCCGCCGCAGGGAAGCGUCGGAGUUGGGGGGAUGCUCACCGGGGGGCCUCCGCCCAGAGGAGUCGGGGGAGCUGGGGGGCGGCCGGACUCCGACGAGUCCGCCAUGAUGGCAGUGUGCGGCAGCGGGAGUGGGAGCGGUCAGAGUGCAGCCAACUCUUGAUAAAUCUUGAACAAAUUCCAAAAGCCAUACGAAAAUUUUAAUGACAACAUAACAGUGACAAAAGCGCCACACACGUACACACACAUACGCGACACGUAGUAAGCGUACGACACAGACACACACACACGCGUGCGGCCACACGUAACAGAAUCGCAGAGAAAAACUUGUGAAUUAUCAGACAGUCGGUUUCGUUUUUUCGUUUCGUUGUUUUGAUUUUGCAUGGGGAGAAGGUCAAGGGAGGGAUUUGAAACUAUUUUUAUUGUUAUUUUUUUUCUGUUCGUUUGUUUUUUUUUCUUUCAUCGAAGGAGAAGGGGCGGCGGGGACGAAGUAGUCGCAACAGAAGGUUUCAGAACGUUUGUUUUUACCAUUCUUAUAUUGUUAUUUGAUUUUAUGUGAUUUCAGGACAGGUUUGCAGCGAGAGAUUUUUAUCGAGGCGAGGAGAGAAGAGUUUUUGGGUUGAAAAAAAAAUGAAUGUUUUUGUCAACACGACAGCAGCGGGAGAGAGUACCUUAUGCUUUUUUUUUUUAAUUUUUGGCUUGUUUUGUUUUAGUUUUUUUUUUCCUGAGGUUUUGCCGUAAUUGUAUAUUUUUAAUUUAUUAAGAAUCACUACAUGAGGAGAGAGACGGGAGAGGGGUUAGAAAGAGAUCUAAAUUGAGAGGUGGAUAUUUUGUGGGUUUAUUUAUUCGAUGUUUUAUUUAUACAGUUUUUUUUUUUGUUUUGUUAUUCUUUUUGGUCAGACAUGAUACUUAUGCAUAGAAAACAACAAACAAACAAACAAACUGGGUUUGAGGUUUUUUGUUUUCUUUCUUGGCUUCAUUUUGUUGUUUUUUGGCUGCUUUUUUUUCUAAUUGAGCAUAACCCACACACGUAUAAACAAACACACAGGCAAGACAUACACGAACACAUUUUUGUUACUUUUUUUUAAUGUUUCCAGUCUUUAUCUCGCUUGACACACUGGCUUAUAUAUCUCAAACUAUGAAACAAAUCCUACGAAUGAAAUAAAGCAAAUGACAGAAACUGUUUUUAGACGCCACACAGUGAGCAACACCAACUAACAACUAGAGGAGGAGGCUGAACCAUGAGCCGCUUUCACGAGGAGAGGGGGAACGUAACUCGACUUCACAUAAAGGAGGAAGUGAUACAGGAAAGUCUUGAAAAACAUCAAAACAUUUUGCCAGAAGGAAAACCAAAAUGCUUCCCUGUUGUUCGUUUCAAAAAAUAGUCUGCCUUCUUCUUCUUCUUCACCAUCUCACUAGACUCUCUCACCCCUCUCUCUUACUUUGGUUUCUGUCUCUCUCUCUCUCUCUUUCUCUUUCCCUUUCUCUCCCGCUCGCUCUCUUUUUUCUAACCCUCUUUGUUUUGGACAGAAAACUAUGAAAGCGUUAACACAUUUGUAUUAACUCUGGAUAUGCUAAGCCAAAUCUUGCUGUAGCUCUCUCUCUCUCUCUCUCUUUAUUUUCGUACUUACCCCAUGUUUCUGUUGGAAGGAAGAGUCUGGGGUGAGAUUUAACAGGAGGGCGGAAUACUUCGGUACGAAGGGACACUGUCACGCCCUCCUGACUCCGGCCCCUCCCACUCUGACUUCAUUUUCUGCCUCUCAUUUUGCUUUCUCUCCUGUCUUUAUUCUCCCCCUCCUCCCCUUCCUCCUUCACAACACUCUGUGAGUGCUGUUUGCCAUCAAGUCAAAAAAGUGAACUACUUCUCUCUCGGCUGCUAUCUCCACUCUCAACCAUGUUCGGAUUGCUGCUAAAGAAAACAGACAGAUAAAUAAAUAAAUGAAUAAAUAAAUAAAUAAAUAAAAAUGAGAACUUUUUAACCCUCCUGCUUCAGAAAAAUGAAAAAUAAACCACUGCAUCUCAUGUAUUUAUUACUAUUUAACAAGGAAAAAGAAAAAAAAAAAAAAAGAAAAAUCUGUUUUCUGCUGUUUUUUUGUUUGCUUUCUUUCUUGGUACAGGUUAAAGCUUGACAUUUAUAUUAUGUAACGGAAACAUGGUAUUAAACAAGUGCCUCGAUUUAUUGGUCAGCCACUGGACGGAAUUGAACAGAAGAGGAUUAUAGGAGUUUGAUCAAGGUUUAUUAUAUGUAUAGCUAAAAUUCAAGCCUCAUGCAACUGUGUAGAAAAUCCACGACAAUUCAAACAUCAUGUGAGAACUUCAUAUUGGACGCGAACUUCAUUCAGUAUGACUGACCAAUACCAUAUAUUUAAUUAACUGAUGACAUCCUCAUCCAUUGUAAUCUGUGUACAUAGCAUCCAUGCAUCAUCCAGUUAGCGUUAAAGCAAUGUUAGGGUGAAAUGUCAUUUUCAAGGUUAAUUCUAAUGACUGGGAUUCAAACCUGCCACCUUUGAGGCGUCAGGACCUGCAAACUACCUUAUUCUGCUCAGAUCGGUGAUGAUGACUGCUGUCCUUUAUGUUCUUAAUAACCAGUUAAAACUUGUAAUUGGCCUCACUGGCUUCUUUACUUUGUCAUUUUUUUCAACACCAUCCUUCAUGAAAGCAUAAUGUCUGAAGUAUUAUGAUAUCAUCGGUUUUGGUUUCUCUAUUAAAGAGAGAGUUGCCUCUGUAGGUCCUCCAAUCUUGUUAUGUUUAGCAGACCUUGGUCACCAUAUAAAUGUCACACACUCACCAUGCACUGAUAAACUUUGAAAAUGCAGAUAUUUCCCAGCUGCUCAUAACACAGAUACAGGCUUUCGUGUCUAUUCAGUCAUUAUUGAAGAGCACGGGAAAUAUAUCUAUCUAUAUAAAAAAGGAGGGGUUACGGGGGACGUAUCUGGGACAAAUUGUUGCUCUGUCACCUCUCAAUAAAUCUUGAAGAAAACCCUCAUACA